AUGUCCACUUCCGCGGCCGUUGAACCCCAAUUCGCCGAGGGCGUCGACGCGGACGAGCUCCGGCCGCGUCUGACCGCGCUGCUGCAGCCGGAGCAAGGGUGGACGCUGGAUGCGGAGGGCCAGGGAUUGCAGAAGACAUACUUCUUCAAGACCUAUUUUAAGGCGGUGAGCUUUGUGAAUGUGGUUGCUUCGCAAAGUGCCACGAUGAAGCAUCAUCCGACUAUGACUGUUCGGAUUGGAUCGGUGGAUAUCCACUGGACGACGCACCACCCGCGAGGUCUAACGGGCAAGGAUGUGGAUAUGGCGCAGCAUUGUGACGAGGCGGCGGAACUGAUGGGGGCGGUGGAGGCCGGGCAGGGAAGAAAGUGCCACUGA